GAGCGCAGUCGUCGCUGAAUUCGGCCAUUGCUGAAAUUGCCCGCAUCGCCGAUUCCGUCGCAUCCUCCGAAUUCCUUUUUUUUUUUAUUCCUUUCUAUCGUUCUUGCCUUUGUUUGCUCGUUCGAUCGAUCGAUCGAUCGAUCGUGCAGCCGAAUGGUGUCGAGUGCAAUUGCAAUUGCAGGUGCAGGAAGGCGGAAGAGGAGAUCGACGAGCGCCGAGUUGGAGAGGUGAGAUUCGAAGUCAUGGUUCUGGAGUCUUCGCUCGCAAGUUUGAGGCUGGAUGCGUCUCCUGUCGAGGGGCGCCCGCCUGCGAGGAAGAAAGAGUCCGAGAAGUCUGGUGCACCGGGAGCGGGAGCCAAUCUCGCUGACCUUUGUGACGAAGACAAAGCUAAGGUUGCCAGACUCAUCAACCAAGUACUGUUGGCAUUUCGAGAGAUUCACAGGUUGAGAGAUUUGCUGGAGGACCGAAAUUCCCACGAGUCGAUCACAAGCAAGCUUCGAGAGCAGAAUCAAGAAAUGGCAGCUGAGAUUUCUCAGCUGCGACUAAAGCUUGCGUGGAUGCAGAAUCUUCUCUCCCCGCUUCAAGGACACAAGGUCUCUCUUCAAGCAGAUAAAACUGCUUCAAGCCUCACUCCGAUCAGAGAAGCAGAAUGUCCCGAAGCAGACACUCACGUGCCGUCACAAAUCAUGGACGUAGCUGACGUGAAACAGGAACUCAGCGAUCAACUUGCAGCGUCACCGGCAGAGAUGGAAACCACCCUUGCAAAGGCCGACCGGAAGGAUGAGAGGUUGUAUGACGAGUUUCGAACGACAGAUGUCCCUGUGAGUGCUGAAGCAAGGGGUAAAGAGAACAAGGAUCCUGAGGCGUCUUCUAAAGGACUUGAAGCGGAGUCUUGUCACCUGACUGAGCAGGAAGCAGUGAUUCAAAGAAGGAGGCCACUUCCCCGUCCUCUUCCAGACCUGGUUGUUAACAUCUUGAACAAAAAUAAUGAAGCGACCAGCCUACGUUCUCGUGACUUCAGAGAGAGAACCGAUCCUGAUGUGACUCCAGAUCGACCACCAGGCAAAAAACAAGAGUCCAGCUCUUCAGAUCCGGAACUCGUAAGGCCCCUGGCGUCUGAUCUUCACAACAGUGAUCUUUUGCAUACUGACGUCAGGCCAAAUGAGCUUAUCCACUGCCCAGAGGUUGCGUGUCAGAAAUAUUCGGGUGAAUCAGACGAGUCGUUAAGAUCUAGUAACAGUAGGAAGAAGAUGCGUUUUGAUCCAACAGCAGGAGAAGAAGGAGAGUUUUAUUAUGCUUCCGAAAUUGAAAACGAGGUUUUUUUCCUUCGAGCGAAAGAUGAUGACACUGCAGGUGUUCGGAUUCAGAUCGAGAAGACUUCAACGGAUUACGUCUGUACCAGAUGCUCAAAACCUCGUUCGAAGAAGAAACUUGAAAGACAUGGUCAUACCCAGAUGAACAGAAGGAAGUCUACCCAUGAGUUGGCCACGACGGAAGAUAAGAUUGGUUGUGAUCAGCUCAAGCCUCACGCUGGAAGCAUCGGUCAGAGAAUCUGUCUUGCAGAUGAGGAUCACGGGCUCAUCUCAGGUUCACAUAGCUACGGCUCGGCAACGCAUAGAACUUCGUCAAACUCGCAUCCCCGGAAUUUACACAGAUGUGUCAAAUGUUCCUCUCCACUGUUAAGUGACAUAUCGGGAUAUGGAGAUGGGACCAAGAGUUCGGUGGAAGCAGAGAGAAGACGAAGAUGCCAAUAUGAUGUCGACAGUCAUGCUUCCUCGACAUCAAGACACUCGUCAUGUUCCCAUUCUAGAAUUAUCGGCAAGUGUGCACGAUGCUGCUACCCUGCCAACGGAAACUCUGCAAAUAGAUCAAUCAGAGAGGGUAAAUCAAGUAAAAGAGAAACGGACUACUUGAGCGCAGACGAAGUGGUGGAAUUUCACAACGUCAGGUGGCCUUCAGGGAAGAAAAAGAUUUCCAGAUCUGGAAAGCCUACAAAUUAUCUGAAAGAAACUCGAUCACUUGGACAUGUCGGUGUGAAAUAUGGCGGAGAAUUCGUCACUGGCUCUCUGGCAUACGAGCAGGCAUCGGAAUCGAGGAUCAAGACCUGUGUUAGCAGUGUUGAAGAUUGUCCACUUUCACCACAAUCAAGUGCUGAUUCUAUGAUGGAUGUUUCCAGGAGAAGCUCUCCCCUGAUUCAACCGAAAGCAGGCAGCUCUAUUAAAGGAAGAGUUGUGAACAGAAAAGGAGAAUUAGAUGCAAAUGAGGUGGAAGACGUCCAAGAUAGUGAAUGUGAGAUGUUCCUCGUAAAUCAUGAAAAACUUGAGAGUUCGUUGCGAUCGGACUCCGAGUAUUCAGAGUCUCUAGAAUGCUCUUCGCUUGUGGACGCUAAGAUUUUUGAAACUAAAUCUGGUCAUGGUGGAAUAAGUGAAAAAACUCUAUGCAGAGCUUCAGCAGAAGGAAGACUGGAGCUGGGAUCCAAUGUGGCCAGCAAUGAUCCGCCUCAACAAGCGAGAAAGAAGAAUGUGGAAGAAAUUCCGGUAGUAGACGUAAAUACAGUUGGCUGUGAUUUUUACAGGCACGACAAGAGGACUGGUGAGAAGGAACAAGGAGUCAGCGAUGACGUCUGUACACAACCGGGAAAUAAGAAUGUGGAAGGAACUCCGGCAAUAGACGUCAAUACAGCUGGCCGUAAGGCGCCCAGGCAUGGCAAGUGGUCUGGUGAGAAGGGUAAGGUAGCCAUCGAUGACGUCUAUGCACAACCGGGAGGCAUGCAGACAGAAAAAGUGAUUGCUAAUGUUGAAGAUUUGCUAGGUAGAUUCAUUCGCUCGAACGCAGAGUGUGCUGCAGAAUUGAUAAGGUGCUCCAAGUAUAUUCAAUCGACUGCUUCAGAGAUUCUGUCGAAGCAACCGAAGUCCAACAAGAAAAAAUUCAAUCUGAACAAGUUGCCCGAUGACAAAGCUGAGGAGACAGAAGAGCAGACACCAGAAUCUACUCAAGCAUGUCACAUACAUCUACCCAUUGGGAGGCGCCCGUUGGAUCAGUUUGCAAGAUGUGCCGGGUGCUUAGUUAUUAUGAAACCUGAAGUCAUCACAUCUGUGAAAGGAAAAAGCGUUGCAGAGGAGAAGGUAGCGGAAGCCCUGUGUGGAAAGUGUUCUACAUCGAGGGCACUUCUUCGAAGUCCAAAAUAUUUGUCUUCCGCAUCGGCAGGAGCUGACAAUGAUCAAAAUACACGUCUACCAACCUCAACCAAAAUACAGGUCCAGGUUGAGGCCAGGCCAGUUGUAUCAUCCUUGGACUAUAACACCACUAACAGUCUUCCUCGUAAGGAAGAUCAUCCGGCACCUACAGAAGGUGAUGUUGCAUAUCCUCCACAAGAGGCAAAAGAAAGAGAAGGGGAGAAAACUGAAGAUUUGUCAACAGGUUCAUUCGACAUAUCGCUCUUUCAUCUCAUUAACGAUCUUGAGGUGGAAGACAUAGAAUACUGGAACCAUAUCAAUACACAAGCCAUAGACGAGGAUACUGGAAUCAGAAUGUAUGAUUCUCGGAGAAAAAGGAUCUUGCGGGAUAAAGGUCAAGCGUCCGCGACUGGCCACUGGCGUCAUCCCAAAAGGAAUGCAAACUUCAAACACUUCAGAUAGGUACAUUAGCAUUUCGUUGAGCUCAGUCUGCUUUCAAGUCGUAUCAUGGCUAAGACUCCCGUUAGCUCUUGGGAAACCUACUGCAUGCCAUUGUCUAACAGCAUAGACGCAAGUCAACGCAUCCAAAGAUGAUUUUGCAAGUAGACCAGGCUGAUGAAAGCUGACAGCUGACAACUUUGAAUACUGAAAUUUUGUAUACACAUAACAUGUGAGUAAACUACAACUGAAGUAAAGCUAGCUUCGAGUCAAACCUUCAGCUCAGGAGUGACGACGAUCUGAUUAGGUCCAAUACCAACACUGCUGCAUGCACUACCCACCCGUAUUAAGAUUGAAAGCUUCCAAGAGUAUCACCUCGCCAUUUUCAAUUUUGACAAACCCAUUCUGACUACUGCUUAUGACCACCAAAAAUUCCUCUCGGAUGAAGCCUGAGAAUCUCAUGUGAUGGUCUUAGUAAGUAGACUGGUGGUAUUUUGAGUUGUAUGCUGCAGCACUCUGCUAGCCUCCGCUAAGAAAUCUUCCUGAGCCUGCAGACACAAAGACG